AGCCCAACCGGCAUCAAGUUCUGCUCACCUUAAACUCAUACACUCCUGAGAUCUCGCUUUGACGAUUUUGAUCCGAGAGGAAUUGUCCGAUACACCGCCAUGUCCGUCGAGAGAAAAUCAACCGAUUGCGACAUCCUACAAAUUCAGGGGGAGCAGAACCACCACCACCAACAACCGCAAUUAAAUCACCAAGCACCUCAGAAUCCGUCCGAAAAACCCCACAACUCCUUCUCUUCCCCUACUUCUGAAAAACCUCAUCGGCCAUCCUCAGCUUCUGCAGCAUCCGCCUCCUCCACGGCCGUAGAAGCCAUCGAGUCUGAGAUCGUCACUGCCGCACCGGCCGCACCGGCCACGGAUCCUGAACAAGAGCCUGGUCUCGAAAAAACCGUGUCGUUCAUUGCCCCGCCUGAUGGUGGGUACGGCUGGGUGGUGGUCGGAGCCUGCUUCCUGAACAAUUUUUCGAUGCUCGGGGUUAUGUUCUCCUGGGGAAUCUUUCAGCAACUUUACACAAAAGAGAUCUUCCCGGGCCAGGUAUCCGCAGUGUCGUGGAUCGGGACUCUGGCAUUUGGAUUUAUGUAUAUUGUCGGGGGGGUGUUCUCCUUGUUUGCGGCAAGGAUUGGAUAUAGAAAGAUGAUCCUCACGGGAUCCGUCCUGGUCGCGGGGGGCUGCGUCGCUGCUUCAUUUGCGACUGAGGUAUGGCAUUUGUAUCUGAGCCAAGGAAUUCUCUAUGGACUCGGUGCUGCGAUGGCCAACCCUUGCAUCCUCGCUGCACCCUCGCAAUGGUUUGUCGCCCGUCGCGGCAUGGCUUCUGGGAUCGGAAUCUCCGGAUCUGGUGUCGGUGGGUUAGUCUUUUCGGUCUUGAUCCAGAAACUAAACGCGUCGAUCGGUCAUCGGUGGUGUCUUCGUGUCCUGGCCAUCAUCGUCUGGUGCUCCAUGGUCACCUCCGCACUGUUGAUCCGACAAUUCUCAACCACAGGAAACAGGGCUGUGAAUGUGUCGAUGAAGGAUCUAGAGACGAUGAAACGGCCGGCCUUCUUGAUCAUGAUCUCGGGGGUGUUGUUGACUUCCUUUGGGUACUUUGCACCGCUCAACUUGCUGCCUUCCUACGCAGUCGACCACAGUCUCUCUCAGGGCCAGGGCGCGAUGCUCAACUCGUUCCUGAACGGCGCCUCGUUCUUUGGUCGCUUCGCUGGCGGUGUCUUUGGUGAUCGCUUCGGACUCAUUAAUCUGAUGCUCUUUUGUGUCCUUGCCAGUUCUCUUACAACUCUCCUCGUCUGGAUGUUUGCCUCAUCGCUUCCAGUCUUGCUCGUUUAUGUGAUCCUCUAUGGCCUCUUGGGUGGAGGCUUCAUCUCCUUGCUGGCCCCUGUCCUCGCAGAACAGUUUGGCAUGGGAUCGUUGACCAUCUUGGUCGGUGUCACCUUUGGUGUCAACGGACUUGGAUCCCUCACUGGGACGCCCAUCGCAGCGGCGAUUAUGGCGAGCAUGAGUGGAGGACAAGGAGGUGCGGGAGGUAAUGGGGUUGGUGAUCUAAAUGUGUAUAAGGGGGCGAUUGGGUUCAUUGGCGGGACCAUGGCUGCGGGCGCGGUCGUGAUGUUUUAUUUGAAGUGCAAGGUUGGUGGCAAGCACAGAACCGUCGCCACAUAAAAUAGAUCGUAUGCCCAUAUCUACAACCCAUACUACCACUAGCUACUGUAAUAAUCAAAAUAAUAUAAUCAUCAUCAUCAUAGACAGGAAUGAGUGAGAUCGGAGGAUUGUCCUCUGUUCUCGAUAUCGUGCUUUUCACGCGCCUGUUUGUGUGGGGUUUGUUUAUCUAUUGACAAAGAGAGAGAAAGAAUGUUGCGACAGACAUACACGGACGCUGCGAGUAAAGUCCUCAAAAAACAACCAUCCAUGAAAAAAAAAAAAGGGGAGAGGAUUAUAUCCGCAGCGAU